AUGGACUCUAAAGAUGUUAAAAAGAAGAGGGUUCAACCUACAAUGGAAAACUGGAGAAAAAGAUUUAUAGUGCAGGGAGAAUGUGGAUUGGACUUUUCAAAACUUCCAGUCAAGAGACGCCACUCUAAAUCUUCAAAACUUGGCUCAACCAAAAUAAAAUCAAGAAAAGCUGGCACUACCGGUAUGUCUUCUACUGACAUACCUGCUGCAAAUGAUCAGCAACAUUUUGAAGUUGGAAGUCUGAGUGACUGUAUUGUGUCUUCUGCAAAUACUGAAAAUCGUGAAGAGCCUCUGAGUGGUGAUGUGCUUUUGAACAUUGGUGGUGAAAAUACAGACGACUGCAAGCUGUAUUUAUUUUCAAUAUUUCAAAGCAGGGGAUGUGUUUUUUUGGACAGGGAUUUAGAAGUGUGUGCCCUAAUGGACUGGGAUUCCACCGAUAAAACACUAAGUAAAGUCAGACCUAUAAUUGUGCAAAAAAUGCCACAGUUGGGAUAUGCCUGCUCUUGUGAUUUAGACAGACAUACUUUCAUGAACAAAGUUUCAUCCUGCACCUCUGAAGAUGUAGAGGAACUGUAUGCAGGAUGUAUACAUGUUGAGGCUGCUAAAGAGCUUUGUAGAAAAUUUAAGGAUCUUUAUGGUGUGGAAGAAGAUUCUGAGGAGAUUACUGGUUCAGAGGAUCAUCGUUACAGUGAAGAAAAUUCCUGUCCCCAAGAAAAAACACUUUGUCAGAAGUUGGACUGGGGAAUGGAGAAAACCUAUGCCAUCAGAAAUGACAAUCUUCAUCCUCCAUUUGCCAUCAUCGGGUUUUCCUAUGGAAAACUUAGAUGCUUAUCUUGUCAGAACAGAUGCAAGCACUUACAGGAAUUAGAAAAAAUAUUCAAAAAUGCCGACUUCUUCGAUAAUUCUGAUAUGUUCGAACUAUUCGCAGCAAUGGCAAAAACACCUGAGGCGUCUAACACCUAUUCAUUAAAAACACUUUCUACUUCUGCAAUUCCUUUUAGUUUGACAACAAUACAAAAGGAAAAUAUAUGUAAAAACAUCUCAGAUAUUUUUAUUGAAGAAGAUGGGGUACUACAAGUCAUUCCAACUGAUAACUCUUGUUGUCAAUCUAAUUGUAUCUAA